AUGUCAAGAGUUAAGGAUCCGUUAAAGGUGUUUAUUUUGGGGGCUGGGUCUAUUGGGUCAUUGCUAGCUCAUGAUUUGAAGCAACAAUUUGCAGGUAGUGGUGUUGUCAAGCCAAUCUUUUUAUUACGCUCAUACGAGAAUAGUAAAGAGAAUAAGAUUGUUAAGUUGAGACGACUUUAUGACACAGCUGAGUUGACGAAGCUGGAGGUGGAGAUUUCAGGAAGAACUGAAGCUGUGCUCGGCAACGAGACUAUUGACAACUUGAUCAUAACCACGAAAUCUUUCCAAACGGAAGUGGCUCUUCAGCCGUAUAUCAACCGACUAAGUUUAACUGCUAAUAUUCUAAUACUACAGAAUGGAAUGGGCAUGGCAGAUCUGCUAAUUGGCAAAUUCUGGCAGAGUUCAACUCUUAAGCCUAAUAUCUUUGAGGCUAUCACUACACAUGGAGUAUUCAAGGACCAACGAGGCAUUGUCAAUCAUAUAUCAAGAGGCGUCAUAAAAAUUGGUCAACAACAACAACAACAACAACAACAACAAGAGCAGGCUGAUGACUUGCCAUUGCUUAUCCGAGCUAUACUUGAAACACCGAAUUUGAAUGCCGAGUACGUCCCCUAUGAAGAAUUCAUCUUGUUGCAAAUGGAGAAGUUGAUAGUCAACUGUUGCAUAAAUCCACUUACUGCUCUAUAUAAUGUCACAAACGGACAUUUACUAUUUGGAAAAGAAAUCGUCCACAUUUGGAGGUCAAUAAUUUGCGAAUGUGUUGAUAUGUUUUGGUUAGAGUAUCCUAUACUAGAGAAGAUACCUACAGCCAGGUCCUUUUUGAACCAAAAUAGAUUGUUAGACUCGGUCAUUUCUGUUUGUCGACUUACAGGGUCAAAUAGCUCCUCAAUGAGACAAGACGUGAGGAGUUUAAGGAAUACUGAAAUUGGAAACAUUAAUGGGCAUAUUGCCUACUUGGGAAGAAAGCAUGGGAAAGCAACAUUUUCAAAUUCUAUGUUGACGAGCUUGGUUAAAAGCAAGUUGAGUAUUGAUCGUGGUAUUGAGAAAGCUGCCGCAGAGUCAAUCAUUGAUCGAGCGUCAUAA